ACUGAUAACAUAAAUGGGAAAAAAAUAAAAAUUGAUGCACUUAUUGGCUGAAAGUUGAGAUAUCACAUCACAUUCCAGUAUGCCUACAUUGUUGCUGAGGUUGUUUCAUCAAUGAAGAACCCAUAACCUAAAACCCCAUUCUUUUAAUCAAACCAUUACUAAAUCAGACAAAAAAACAAAAAGCUUGUUUCUUUUUUAUCUUUAGGACUCCAUUUCUGUGAAUUUCACUUACUUUUCAGUACUACAUUGUUUUGACUUGAAUCAUAAUCACUGACAGAUCCAGGAAGGUCAUCCUCCAGAUUCUGAAGGGCAAGCGGAACGGGCGGGGAGUUGAGGGAUUGACGUCCGCGUUACAUCUUUCACUUGAUCGGAGGCGGAUACGAAAAUUGAGCUCUCUGGAUUCCUAAUUCAUUUCUGGACAAAUGGAACAAGGGCACUCAACUGAUGUUGUGGACGACAGAAAAGGAAAAUAUAUUCCCAUUAGAGAUGCAGAUGAACCAGAGCUGGGAAUGUUUGACAAACCCCUCCCUUGCUGUGGCUGCGGAAUUGGAUGGUUUUUUCUCUUGCUUGGAUUUGUGUUCCCUUUAAUGUGGUACGUUGCGUCUGUUCUCUACUUUAUGAAGUACUAUCAUAAAGAUCCACGGGAACGAUCAGGGCUAACUGCCUGCGCCAUAGCUGCUACAUUCUUUACGAUAGCCGCGGUGAUUGCAUUGCUCGUUAUUCUGUUGUAAUCCUAGCCGCCAAAAGUUCAUUUUCCAAAAGCUGCUCAUAUCUGAGUAGAGACGAUGAAGUUAUGCUAUGUAGCUGAAUACUUACAUUUGUCAGUUCCGGUGAAUGCAGAGGCAACUUUGUCGAGAAGGUAGCCUUUACUGUUUCUUUAUUCAGUUUUGUACAUAACACUAGUGAUGUGAUAUUUUCAAGAAGAAUAAACAAAAAUCAAAAUCUUGUUGGUGGAAAUAUAAUGUUAGGGAGAAUGUUGAGUAAUUAAUUUUGUAGCGUCAAAUUACGUGUUGUUUUAUUAGGCCAACUUAUUGAGGACAAGAGAAAUUCUCAUAUGUUCAUUGAAUUUUCCUCUCA